GCGACCACACCGGGGCGGCGCGGAGUGAUUACGUAGAGCCCUCCACUCACCAACACGUUGGCCAGCCAGCGUGGGACCAACAACAAAACAGUCGUUCAGGCAUCGCCAUCAUCUAACCCCUGAACAUGUCGGAGGAGUUCAGCCUGGCGCUGGACACCAGCGAGGACGAGGCCCCGGAGGAGGUGCCGCUGGAGGCGUCCCGGGCGGCGGCGCAGCAGAGCAGGGCGGCCGCCGUGGAGUCGACCCGGAGGGAGAAAUUACAGCUGAAGGAGAAGCGGAGGAAGAGACAUGAGCUGUUCCAAGAGCAGAAGAAGAGAAGACUCCUCCCUGAUGACGUCUUGGAGGAAAUCGAGGCAGCUCCUCCACAGAAGAAGAAACCAAAUGAAGAUGAAGGUGAAGAAGAGUCGGAGGAGGAGAGCGAUGACGAAGGAGUUGGAUCAGGGGAGGAGAUUGACGCAUCUGGGAAAAUUAGGAACCUGCAGGGGGGCUACACAGUGAAGCUAGUCAACGAGCUAACGCUAGCGGCAGCCCAGCAGCGCGCGGCGGCGGGCUUCGUCCAGGACCGGCUCUAUGGACAGGGCAGCCGCAGGACCACAAAUAAGGCGAUCCUGUCUCUCAAGAACAAGGGGCCCAAGAAGGCGCCGUCUGUGGAGUUUGUGAGGAAGAAUUGGGCACCCAAACACAAGGCCAAGGCGGAGCGGAUGAAGCAGCGCUGGCUCCACAGGAAGCAGGCAGCCUCCAGCUGAAGAGGUCAAGGGUCAGCCGGCCCAAGGUGGAAGCCUAAACGACACGUUGUACACUUGUGCUCUCCUACCCUGCUAAAGAACAUCUGAUCCAUCCAUAAGGCUGCCGUCUGAUGGGACGAGUGUGGGUUGAAUUGUACUUAACGGCAAAGACCCUAAAGGUGUAGAAGAAUUGAGGCCCCAAGCCAGAACUAGGCACCCCUGUGGUACUGACUAGGGGAUUUUUGUAUAACUUCUGUAUAGUUUUGAAAUGUGUGAUAUUGACAUGAAGUGGAAUAUAACCCUGUACAAUAAACUAAACGUCUGAUAUUCA